AUGGACGACUCCAUGAGCGAUGCCGUAGACGGCGCCAACUACGAGGAGCAGGAGAAAGCGAUUGCCGAACAGAAGGCGAUCAACGAAGAAUACAAGAUCUGGAAGAAGAACAGCCCGUUUCUAUACGACCUUAUGUACGGCCGGGCACUUGAAUGGCCCUCUCUUACCGCGCAAUGGUUGCCCGACAAGAAACCGGUGGAAGGAACCCACAUGAGCGCCCACCGCAUUCUCUUGGGCACCCAUACAUCGGACCAGGCGCAAAACUACGUCCAAAUCGCCCAGAUUGAGAUCCCCGACCCCCCAAAUCCCGACCUCGCAGAGCUGGAUGAGGACAGGGGCGAGAUUGGAGGCUACGGCAACGCUAAGAAGCCUUUUGACUUCAAAAUCAUACAAAAGAUCAACCAUCCUGGCGAAGUUAACAAGGCCCGUUACCAGCCCCAAAACCCCGACAUCAUCGCCUCACUAUGUGUAGACGGCAGGGUACUCAUAUUCGACCGCACGAAGCAUUCAAUUGAGCCCAAGCCCGAUGGUUCUAUAAAAACCGAAGCGCAGCUCAUUGGCCACCAACAGGAAGGUUUUGGGCUCUGCUGGAGCCCUCUGCUGGAAGGACACGUCGUUACGGGCAAUCACGACACCACUGUACGAACUUGGGAUGUUAAGGCUGGAUACAGCAAAGGAAACAGCGACAUUGAGCCCACUGCCACAUACACGGUUCAUAGCGCCCCCGUGAACGACGUGCAGUAUCACCCAAUACACAACUUUCUGAUUGGAACAGCCUCUGAUGACCUCACGUGGCAAAUCAUCGACACACGCCAAGCGACACAUAAGAAGGCCUUGUUCAGGAAAGAAGCCCAUAUUGAUGCCGUCAACACCAUCGCAUUCCACCCUGAGUUUGAAGUAACAUUGGCAUCCGGGUCAGCAGAUAAGACCAUUGGCUUGUGGGACCUGCGGAACUUCGACAAGAAGAUCCACUCUCUGCAGCACCAUUUGGACCAGGUUAUAGGCCUGCAAUGGCACCCGCACGACUCGGCCAUUUUGGCAAGCUCUAGCUACGAUCGCCGCAUCUGCAUGUGGGAUAUCAGCAAGGUUGGCGAAGAGCAAACCCCAGAAGAAGCGGAGGACGGUCCUCCCGAACUACUGUUCAUGCAUGGUGGUUUUACUAACAGAAUUUCCGACUUCGACUGGAACAAGAACGAUGAGUGGGUCAUGCUCGGAGCGGCCGAAGACAACCAGAUGCAGAUAUUCCGUCCUGCGCGCAAGAUUGUCGAGCCAAUCAAGAAGAACUCCGACCAUGAACAGGUUUCUCCUUGA